CCGGGACACCGUAGAUCUUGUGUUGCAGCCUUUCGCGUAGGACGAAAACAUGGCUGCUGACAGCGUUUUAGAAAGUGAAGAGGAGAACAUUUUGUAUGAUUUACUAAUAAAUACGGAAUGGCCACCAGAGACCGACACUCAGCUUAGAGGAAACAAGGAGCACAACACGUCUGUUCUUGCAAAGGCAGUGACUGGGCCAUUUAGGUUGCUCCUUCACUACCUCUGGUACAGGCCGUCCAGCUCCUCUCUGCCCCAGGGACUUAUUAGACUUGCAAGCAAACAGAUUAACUGGCAGCUGGUCCUGGCAAGUAAUGGGAAACUGCUAGCAGUUCUUCAAGACCAGUGUAUAGAAAUCAGGUCAGCGAGAGACGACUUUGGUUCUGUCAUAGGAAAAUGUCAAGUGCCUAAGGAUCCCAGCCCACUGUGGAGACGGGUUGCCUGGAGCCAGGAUUGCACCCUGCUGGCAUACGCUGACAGCACCGGCACUGUGCGCCUCUUCGACCUGAUGGGCAGCGAACUCUUUGUCAUUCCCCCUGCGGCCAGCUUCCCUGGAGAUUUCAGUUAUGCGGUGGCGGGGCUCAUCUUUAUGGAGUACACCAGUAGUGCCCAGUGGUCUGCAGAGCUUCUCGUCGUCACCUAUAGGGGGCACCUCAAGAGUUACCUGGUCAGUGUUGGAACCAAUCAGAGCUUCCAGGAGAACCACAGCUUCAGCUUCGCCACACACUACAGUCAUGGCAUCACCGCUGUCGUGUACCAUCCUGGGCAUCGGUUGUUGCUGGUGGGUGGUUGCGAGGGGGGGGACGGUGACGCCUCCAGAGCCACCCGCUGCGGUCUCACGGCCUGGAGGGUCCUGUCCGGGUCACCGCAUUACAAGCAGGUGACGAGCUCUGAGGAUGACGUGGGCUCGGCUCAGAGAAGAGGCCUCUUCAGGUUACCCAGCUUUCGGCUCUUUGCGCGACAGACCAAUGAGAAGGACGGCGUCUUCCGGAUGAGCCUGUCGCCCGACAGCACGCUCCUGGUGGUCAUUCACUUCUCGGGCCUCCUGACUUUCUGGGCCGUCCCGUCGCUCCGGCAGCACGGCAGCUGGAUGCAGGAAGCCCAGCCCGGAUUUGACGAGAUCAACCCGGAGUGGAAGAACUCGCUGGAGAAGAGGAAGAAAAUAAAAGACAAGGAGCAGUACUACCCCCUGGUGGACGUGAACUGGUGGAGCGAGAACGCCGUGAUCUUGGCCCGCUGCUCGGGCUCGCUGACCGUGUCGUCCGUGCACAGCCUGCGCAACCUGCUGGGCCAGUCAUGCGAGUGGUUCGAGCCGUCGCCAAUGGUCACCGCCGCCCACGACGGCGGCUUCCUUAGCCUGGAGUGCGAGACCAAACUGGCGCCUAAGCGACCCCGGCCAGAGGAUGAGGGAGGGGCCGCCGAUGACGACUCUGGCUCUGAGGACGAGGGCUCCGCCCGCGCCCGAUACCUGGGCUACGUCCAGCGGGGCCUCUACUACGUGACGGAGAUGGAGCGAUUCGCGCCUCCGCGGAAACGGCCCCGUGCCGUCGUCAAGAACUACCGGCUGGUCAGCCUGCGGUCCACCACGCCGGAGGAGCUGUACCAGCGCAAGAUCGACAGCGAGGACCGGCCCGAUCCGCGUCUGCAGAGCAAGAUCCGGAAGCGCUCCUGGGUGCUGCACGAGUGUGUGGAGCGGGUGCCCGAGAACGUGGACGCAGCCCGGGAGCUGCUGCAGUACGGCCUGAAGGGCACCGACCUAGAGGCGCUCGUCGCCAUCGGCGGCGGCGAGGACGGCGGCAGAUUCAUCCUGGCGGGCGACGUGGACGCUGAGGACACUCCCUACGAGGACUUCCUCUCGCCAGCUGAGGAGCUCCGCAAGAAGAAGGAGGGGGAGGCCAAGAGGAGACAGGAGCUCCUGAAGAAGGUGGACUUCAGCAGGUUGACACUGGAGCAGAAGGAGCUCUGCAGGAACCGGCUGAAGCUCUUGUCUUACCUGGAUCGCCUAGCAACCUACGAGGAGAUCCUGGGCGGGCCGCAUGCUGCCGAGCAGAGAUACGAUGCAGAGUUCUUCAGAAAGUUCCGGAAUCAGAAUAUCGUGCUGUCAGCAAGAACGUACGCCAGGGAGAGCAAUGUGCAGGCCUUGGACAUCCUCUUCACCUACCACGGUGCCGAGCUUCUGGAGCACCGCCUGGCCAUCCUGUAUAACUUCCCCGAGACCAGCUCUCCCCACGAAUACGUGGUCCUCCUUCCUGAAGCUUGCCUGGACGAGGCCGGUCACCUGGUGCUGAUUCCGUGGGACGAGCGGCGGCACCGGGAGCAGGACUGGUGUGAACAGCGGAAGUGCAGGACGGCGGUGGACCCCAAGCCGCAUGGUGGGGACGACUUCCUGUAUGAGGAGCAGCCGGAUCUCCUCUGCUUCCGCACAGCCACGCCUUCCAUCACGCUUCUGACUGACUGGUACCUGAAGCGGGCCGAGGACAUGGAUGGCUACUCCCGACAGGUGGACUGUGCCUUGUUGCUGGUGCGUCUGGGGAGGGAGCGGAACAUCCCGGGCCUGGAGGGGCUGUGUGACGACCUGGUAACCCUGGAGACGCUGGUGUACGAGGCAUCCUGCGAGCCGAACCUCUCGCUCAAGGAGCUGCAGCAGCUGGCAGACAUCGACAAGCUCAGGCUACUGCUGAAAGGCUCCUCCGAGGAGCGGUAUGUGAAGAAUGUGUACCAGUGGGUGGUCCCCUUCCUGCACCGCUGCGAGGGCCGAGCCCCUGGCUCUGCUGAUGGCCUCCUGAGGGAGUACCUGGUCAGCCUGUCCAAGGAGGACCUCUCCCUCCCUCUCAAGAUAUUCCAGCACUCCAAGCCUGACUGCCAGCAGAAGAUCGUCGGAGAUCACGACCAGCUGAUGUCCGUUGCCCUGGAGUGCAUCUACAGCUGCGAGCGAGAUGAUCAGCUCUCCCUGUGUUACGACGUGCUGGAGUGUCUACCACAGCGAGGCUAUGGGUCAGAAACGAAGGUCACCAGGGCCCUCCACGACCAGGUGGACAAGCUGGAGAAACACCUAAGUGUGGUGGAGGUGCUGGAGAAGCACGGCCUGCAGAAGCCCGUCUCCUUCGUGAAGAACAGCGAGAGCAGCCGAGAAGAGGCCCACCAGCUGAUGGUGAAACUCACCCGACAUGUGGGACGCAAGAGUCCACCGGUAAGCGAGAACCUGUGGAAGGGGCUGCUUCAAGAUCUGCUGGACAUGCAGAAAAGUGUUUACACCUGUCUGGACGCUGACACCUGCCUCCAGGUCUUCACGGAGAGCCUGCUGUGCUCCAGUCGGCUGGAGGGCAUCCGAUUGGCCGGCCACCUCCUGCAGCGCAGCGCCUCCUUGUCAGAACCCGCCGCCGGUCCUGCAGCUUCCAAGGGUCCACUCAACCCCUCCAGGGUGUCCUACCAGAAAAGCAUGGAAUUGGUCCUGGCAGCAGCCCACGAGUACUUCAACUCCUCUACCGCCCUUACCGACAGCUGCAUGACCCUGGCACGGGCCUGUUUACAGCUGAUCAGUGAUUGCCCGCCUCUCAUCCAGGAAGAGUUGGACUUGAUCAGAGCCCUCAGCCAGCUGGAGGACUUUGAUGUGAAAAUACUCCCCUUGCAAGUCCGCCUGCGGUCCGACCGGCUGACUGUCAUCCAGGAGUGCAUCGCCCAGUGCCCCACGGCCUACAAACAAGCCUCGCUGCUGCUGGACCUGGCUGGCUUGCUGCGGGUGGCAGGUGAGGACGAGCCCAAACGCAGGGGCCAGGUGUUGACCCUGCUGGCGGAGCAGGCCCUUCAGUGCCAUGACUACAAAGUCGCCUACAUCCACUGCCAGGACCUCAUGGCCACAGGUUACGCCCCAGGAUGGCACGUUUGCAGCCAGCUCGGCGAGCGCGAGGCCUACCGUGACCUGACAGCACGCCGUGAGCUCAUGGCUUUCGCCCUCACGCACUGUCCCCCCGUGCAAAUCCAGGCCCUGCUGGCGGCCAGCAGCUUCCUGCAUACCCAGAUCCUCUACCAGGCUGUGAAUUACCAGAUUGACCCGCACGGCAAUGGGCCACACGGUCCUGGCCCGGCCCUGGAGCCACCCACCGAACGCCAACAGGCCGACACGGUAGCUGCCGGCACGAGCCGCCACUCACAGCUGCUGCACAGGAGCACCGCUAAGACCAUGGAGGUCCUCUCGAACCCUGGACUGACCACCAAAGCCGUGCUGCAGGCUGUGGGCGACUCCCAGUGGUGGAGAACGUCCAUCAGCUACCUGCGGCCCCUGCAUGGUCAGGGACCCGGCGACUCGGCGCUGAAGGCCUCGUCUGCAGAAAACGGAGAUCUGGAAGGACAGGGCUGUCACCCGUUCUACGAGUCGCUGUUUGAGAGUCCCUACAUCGACAAAAAUGAGGAAAUGUACACGUCAUAUGAUAGCGUUUCCACGGAGGACUUUGCCGAGGUUUUGCUACGCACCGGGAAGCUGGCCGAAACGAAGAGCGAAGGAGAAGACGUGUUUCCUGCCACCGAAGUUCUCCUCCAGCUGGCCGGCGAUGCUCUACCCAAGGACACGAUGCUGGCGUUGGCCUACCUGCUCGCCCUGCCUCAGGUCCUGGACGCCAACAAGUGUUUUGAGAAGCUUCCUCCAUCCGCACUAUCGCUACAGCUGGCUGCUUAUUAUUACGCCUUGCAAAUAUAUUCACGAUUGGCUCCCUGCUUCAAGGACAAGUGUCACGCUCUGUACCGGGCUGACCCCAGGAUGCUGAUCCAACUGGUUACCAAGCACGUGAACGACCAUGACAUAGUGGCCUGGCCCGAGGAACUGGAGAAGCUCAUUGGCCAGCUGCACCUGUACAAUGAACGGCUGACCGACUUCACCCAAGCACAGAUACUGCAGGGCCUGGGCCGCGGUGUGGAUGUGCAGAGAUUCUCUGCCGACAGCAAGUAUAAGAAGGAGACCAUCCUGGGCCUGGCCGAGACCCUGGAAGAAAAUGUAUACAGGAUAUCCCUGUCCCUCGCCCAACGGUACAACAUCCCACUUUGGGAGGUCUACAUGACCCAUCUGGAGUUCCUCUUCACAGACAGCGGUCUGUCGACGAAGGACAUUGAGAAUCGGAACAAAGCACUGGGUCUCUUUGAGGUGCUGAAGAACGAUCCGGAAGCUUUCCACAGCCACAUGACCAAGUAUGUGUACCCCAGCAUCGAAGGCACGGACCUGGGCCGCAUGCUUUACUACUACAGCCUGCUCGAGGCCUGUGGCAUCCCCCAUACAACUGGGGUGACUGUCAAACCAGUGGAUCACAUCAAGCUGUUGAAGAAGCUGAAGGCAGUGGCUGUAGGGUUGGACUACAGGAAGAUGACGGACGAGGACUCGGACCCUCUGGAUGCACUGGAGCCGGUGCUGAGUAGCCAGAACGUCCUGUCCAUCUCCAAGCUGACGGCGAGGUUGCCCCUGAGAGAGGGGGUCGCUCUGUCCCCCAGCCGGGUCCACGCCACAUGGCUGCGUAAGCUCUUUUGGAACGGGGACCCCCAGGUUCUGCGGAAGCCUCCGCAGACAGACUCGGAUUUCCUUCAUGCCUACGAUGCCUGCGCCAAGUACUUCGAGCGGCUGCUCCCCGCGGACGCCGUGGCCUUCGUGGACGCCGUGACCUUCUCUCCGGAGGCGGUGGAGCGGCUCAGCAUCGACACCAGGUCGGAGGUGACGAAGCGGGCCCUGAAAGCCGUCCGGCAGCUGGGCGAGAAGGCGAAGAGGCGUGGCGCCGACGAGGCCGAGGCGUGCGGCGGCGGCAGCUUUGACGACGCCCUGAGGCACCUGCAGGGGUCGCUGGCUCACCUGGACACGCUCAAGCAUGGCUUUCUACAGGCACUGCAGGACAGCGGCCAGGAGCGACUGCAGAAGUACUGCUAUAUGUACGACCUGUCCAGGUCGGAGGAGGAGAAGAUCCGCGAGCUGGCAGUCGCCAUGGUGACGGAUGGACAGCCACUGGACCGCAUGCGACAGCUGCUCGACGUGGCAGUGGGGCCUUCGGACGUCGCCCCCGGCCGGGUAGUCCAAGAAGCCAUCGAGAGAGCUGUGUCGGUGCUGAGAGGAGACGAUGCAGCUCUGAUAGAUGACCAGGACCCCAUGGACGUCCUCAGGGGGAUUGUUACAUCUGUACGCGCUGAUGUCCAAUCAGGCGGCGGCCUGGUCUCCUCGGACGACCUCCUAGGCUGGCUGCGGCCCUUCUGCGCAGACGCCUCCAUGUCAGCCCGGCCGCGCAUCCAGGUGCUCCAGGUGUUGGAGCGGGAAUUCCCCCUGAGCGACCAGGACGCUCAGCUGCUGCUGCUUUUCCGGAGCCAGGCCGUGCUGAAGUCCUGCUGGCCCGACAAACAGCUGGAGAUGGACGACGUGGAGAGCGAGGAGAAGCGCCGGGCGCUCUUCGAGGAACUGCUGGCCAUCAGCGGCAGGUGGGAGGAGAUGCAGCACCUGGCUCUGCUCCUCCAGGCUUGGCCUCCCGUCACGAGUGACGCCCCUGCCCGCUCUGCAGAGGACCCCUGGGUAAAGCUGGCUGCCGCCAUGGUGUCGCUGGGCAACGGCGGCACGGAGCAUAGCCUUGGCAACGAGCUGCUGAGCAUGUGCCGCUCCCUGCGUGGGACCAAGCACCAGCUGCCCCCGGAGUGCAUACGCAGGAUAUCAGCCCUGAUCCAGGAUGGUCCCGGCUGCCUCCUCCCGGCCCUGAAGCUCCUGACGGAGAGUCGUGACGCGCAGCUGCAGAAGCUGGCACUGGAGCAGGUAGCCGGCAUCACCGAGGUGAAUGAGUCGAGCUGCGACCCCGAGCUGCUGUCGCUGCUGCUGGACGCUGACCUGCUGACCGAGUGCUUUGGGAGCGCCCUGUACCCGCACCUGGUCGACCAUCUCCUGACGCACCACAGGGAGAACGGCUGGGACGUGGAGGCCGCGGCCCGCGGGAUGGUAGCUGCCGGCCACAUCAGCGAGGCGGGGUCCCUGCUUCUGGUUCACCGAGGGACACACCCGGGCUUGGUCACCUUCAACGCGGCCCUCGCCGUCACCCCCCGAUGGCUGUGAGCGAGGGGGACGGGAGACUAUUCAGAAUCAACUGCCCUUUUGUUGGCUUCUCCUUCAGCCAGAGACGGCCCACCGUACUCCCAGUGUGACCGCGUCCGUCUUUGUUUCUGUGCCGUCGCUCUGUGUGUAACAAAGUGGUUAAUUAUCAUCAAGGACAAAAGUUAAUGGAACUCAAGAUUACUGCUGUUUAAUUUACGUAAUUUUUUCGGUCUAUGAAAGCUUCUCCGUGGAUCAAUUAUGAACAAACAAGGUUUGUUUGGGCCGUUUUCUUCUUGUUUUAGCUGAAAAUGAGUCCCUGGAGGCCCUCGCUGCUGAAUAAUUACUUAAAUACCCACAGUGGCAACGCUUCUGACUUGGCAGACAAAGACAUGGCACAAUUGUUCAUUUGCAUUGUCUCUCCCUCCCUCAUGAACCAGACAGUUGUAGUUCUGGGUUACCAAUUACUUCCUGCGGUGAAAAUUAAAAGGUACACUGACACGACUUCCAAAGACUGUGUUUGUUUGUAUUGUUUUUUUGCAUAAUAAAUAGGCCUAAUGGAUGAUAUUUCAUACAGCCCACCCUUUUUAAUUCAAGCACUAAUCUAGAAAUGUAAAUUUACCCACGAAUAUUCCAGAUAGGCGUGUUUUUACUCUGAAGAAUAUAUUAGCUAAUUAGGAAAUCUCUCAGUAUAAUAAGAUAAUGUCAUAUAAAGAAUAUAUUAGCUGUUCUGGAAAUCUCUAAAAAAAAUUAAAUCAUGAAUAAACAA